GACUCGGGACUUCAGGAGCAACUUCCCAACCUCGCUACGAGCCUAUGCGAGCCACAUAUAAAGCUAGCAAACUUUUUGCCUUUUUUCCAGCUUUCUCAACCACCAGCUGCCGAGAAGAAAAAAAGACCGCAACUGGGAGAAGCACGAGUCGAAUACAUGAUUUCCAAAUCUGAGCCGUCUCUCGAUUCACUCACCCAUUCACUAGUUCUCAUGUGGAUAGGCUCAUGUGGAUGGGCUUAACACAUCUGAGGCGGAGAUGAGGAUGAACAGACGCCUUCGCAACCUCAACCACUCCUCGCCAUUGACUGACGAUGAUUUUUCCCCCAGCAUUUAUUUGCAAUCAUCAUCUGCAUCACCUGCCUAUGGCAAGUUAGCGACCUCCGCAACUCACCACUUUUGAGCUCUGACCCCCAAAACUCCUACUGCUGCACCCGCCUGGUCAGAAGCGCGGCGAUGCAUCCGCCAACACCGUCUUCAGGAGCGUCCAACCAGUAUUAUGACUCCCACACGAUCUUUCCAGCUUCCAACGAUUCAGUUUUGUCUAUACGAACACUAGACACCACUCAUGGUCAACAACCGACACAAGCGUGCGACUUGCUUGAGAAGCUUCUUCAGGAUGCAGUCAAUACGACUUUCGAAGAUUCGGCCACGUCGGAUACCGAGUCUAUGUCUUCUAUCGAGGUCGAGGAGCCAGCUACGCCUAGUGACCAUGAGAGCGACCAUCAGCGCAAGGCUAACUCCGCCGCCCCCUUGCCUUUGAGCAAAACUCUUACAGUCGAAAUGCCCGCCUCGACAUUACUAGUGCCUCGCAAUCACUACGAGCCCUUCGAAGCUGGAUGUCCUAUACUAUCAGAACAAUCGGCCAUCGAAAACCUUCUGCGGAGUGCAAGGCCUGUGCUAGGCCCAGACGAAUUCCACGAGAUUCAGUUGGAUGACUUUGUCAUAUAUACUGAAGAGAAGCACUACGGCGUGCAGAUGCGCUCGCUCAUAAGGCACAACACGCAGUCCUGUUAUUUCGAUGGACGGCUCAGCUUCGGAGAGGAAAGCUACUUUGUGAGGAGGGUAGCUAUCUCGACUCUGCCUAUAGGGAACUAUGGCACUUUAGAGUCAACUGUCCGCGACGAAAUCUGGAUAACAUCCCCUUUGAGCGAAUCCAAGGAUCUCUACUACAGGCUCAACACACCGGCAGUGGAGUAUAAGCGAUUCUUCGAGCCCUUCGCCUGGGUUACAGAUCUUGCCAAGCACUUUGUGGAUUACAUCAACUCUCGAUGGGAAGAACACCGAAUGCUGGUCACGAUUCACGACUUCAAGGCGCAAUUUGUGUCGUGGGUUGUCAGCGUCCAUGGAGACAACGCCCUUCCAUGGCUAACCCAGCAUCCAAGCAACGAUUACAGGACAUCAAUCGUGGCUUAUUUAGAAUUUAUUCGCAAAGAGGCCAUCGGAGUACUUGGGGAAGAAGACACCUACAGACACACGCUUUGGAACGAAGUUUGGACCUUCCAACAGUAUCAGCGUGUACCAAGCCCGGACGCUAACAUACAGGCGAUCCAUCCCACAUUCGUGACGCCGUACAUUAUGGCUCUCUUCAACCACCUCCCUUUUGGGCAGCUUCUCAAGGCUUUGCCUUUCAGCAGUCACACGAAGUGCUUAUGGAAAGAAGUCAGUCAUUCGCGGGGCUUCCCAUUGCUACAGCACGUGGACAAACGGUCACAGAGACUCGAACCCACAGACGAUCGGAUUCACAAUAUCAAGCCUGGCGACACCAUUUCGACACCAAGAGACACGUCAGAGUCUGGUUCAAAAUGGAUAAGAGAAGAAGCCCUUGACUUCCAUGACGUUGAUCGUUGGUUCGCUCGGGUAUUAAAAGUACACAACCGGGCAGGACGUAUAUCCUUCGACGUGCUGUGGUAUUAUCGCCCUGUGGAUACGCUCUGUGGAAUAAUGAAGUACCCGUGGAGUAACGAGCUAUUCAUUUCCGACCAUUGUUCUUGCGCUCAUACAUCGAAAAUCACACAAGAGGAGGUUCUUGGAGUCCACGACGUCGACUUUUUCGGAUCACCUUCUACCAGGUCUGAGUUCUUUUGUCGCCAGACAUAUAUCCACGAGGAGCGGAAGUGGAUUUCAUUACAGCGAGCUCAUCUAUUUUGGGAGCAUGUUCAGAAUACCACCGAGUCUCUACCGUAUACGAGAGGCAAUACAGUCCUCGUGCACACCGACAAGAGCAGUCAGGUCUCGGAACCCUGCGAGAUCAUUGCACUCCAUGGACCGGCUGGUAUUAAAUAUAAAGUCCGUCGUCUGUUACGACGAGCGCAUGUACAGCCCAAUUCUCGCGCCCCAAAGAACGAGCUUCUUUACUCCGAGCAGGUUCUCGAUGUUCGGGAUAGGGAUAUUACAGGCAGCUGCUCUGUCCGCUUCUUCGACCACAGGAGCCCGAUAUCGAGCCCAUACGACCGAGCAGGAGUGGGUUCUUUGUUCUAUAUCACCCACAAAAUAUCGCAAGACGGCUCGAUCCGGCCAUUAUGCGCCCCAUUUCCACUAUCGCUCCACCAAGGCUUCGACCCAGGCGUAGCUACUAGCUUCCCCAAACUUCGCGGUCUCGAUCUCUUCUGUGGAGGUGGUAACUUUGGCCGUGGCCUCGAAGACGGGGGGGCCAUCCAGAUGCAGUACAUCAAUGACUUUGACACCAAAGCCGUCCACACAUAUAUGGCUAAUGUGGACCCAAAAGAUAACAUACAUCCUUUCCUUGGUUCAAUAGACGAUCUUUAUCGUCUCGCUGCUAUGGGGCGAUUCUCAAAGUCCGUACCUAGGCCCGGGUCUGUUGACUUUAUCUCGGCUGGAAGUCCAUGCCCUGGCUUUUCGCGACUCACAAAUGACAAGACUACUACAAAGCAACGGAAAAACCAGUCGCUCAUCGCUGCCUUUGCUUCUUUUAUCGAUCUCUACCGCCCCAAGUACGGUCUGUUAGAAAACGUACCCAGUAUCGUCCAGAAAAAGGAGAAAAAAGCCGACGAUGUCUUCAGCCAGCUCGCAUGUGCCUUAGUAGGCCUCGGAUACCAGAUUCAGUUGUGUUACAUCGAUGCCUGCUCCCUCGGCUCGCCGCAGAGACGCUCGCGCAUCUUCGUAGCAUUCGCAGCACCAGGCUACACACUCCCUACACCCCCUCAGCAAACUCACUUACACCCACCGGGUACGAGGCCUGGGAGUGUUGGAAAGCUCCCCACCGGUGAUCCUAUGGUUACGCGUUCUAUGCUAAAAGCCACGCCGUUCACUCAUAUACCAGCCGCCGAGGCCACGGCCGACUUGCCAUAUAUCUGGGAUGCGAAGCCUGAUAUUUGCGUUCCAUUUCCUGAUCAUCGGACAGUCGGGCAAACAAGCAAUCUCCAGCAUAAGAUUAACAGCAUCCCGACGCUACCGUAUGGAAUGGAUUUCGCCAAAGCUUGGUACGGUAUCACAAAAAAGGGCGCGCCUGGCUCUGGGGUCUUAACAGUUACCGACAGACACCGCCAUUUUCCAGCAGAUAGGGGUGAAGGCCGUAUGAGCCGCACAGCGCGCGUGUCGUCGGCCUAUGGAAGGCAAGACCCGACAAAGCUUAUCGAGACCGUCGUUACCAAGCUUAACGUUGGGGACGCAAAGGCGGGCCGGGCCAUUCACUCUCAGGAGCCCAGAAUGCUUAGCUUGAUGGAAGCCCGACGUGCGCAAGGCUUUCCAGACGAGGAUGUCCUCCUUGGCGAGCUGGUCAACCAGUAUAAAAUUGUUGGUAAUAGUGUGGCGAGGGAGGUCGCGGUGGCAUGGGGCCUGGCCUUUCGUGACGCAUAUGAGAAGACAUUGGGUGUCAAUGGAGACAACGACCUGCCGCAGGCAGCGAUCCAAGAGACACCUUUUGAAACUGCCAACUCGGUCACCUCCGCCUCUGCGAGUAGCAUUGGGGAGUCCACUAACUCGAGCACUGACUCGAGCACUGACGACGACCAUCUGGAGGAUACCCUGGCUCGGCCAUCCAAUGCGUACACCGACACUCCUUUAACCUCUCAAUCGAGCCUACAAGGGGAGGCCAGCACACCACCACCAAGGAUACCGCGGGCGAUGUCACCACCAGCUUCAGGGCCGAGAACACAUAACAGCAUGGGUCGACUUGAUCAUCAGGCAAGCGCGGGCUUAAUCAGGUCUAGGUCACCGAGCUCAUCCCGCGAUGCGAAUGGCAAACGUCCACUACCGUCAACAGGGGGAUCGAACCGUCCUGCCAAAAUCUCGAGGCACGUUUCGGCUUCGGGAACACAGAGCAUACUGGUGCAAGCGGUGGCUCGGUCAUCGUCAUCUGUCCAACGAGGCCGGACUGUCAUCAGCAGUGAUGAGAACAGCGACACCAAAUAGGUCUGACGAAGACGGCGGCGAGGAGCGUAUCAAGAGGACUGUCAUGGUGCAAAAGAGUCGAGCAAAAAAAAAGGAGACAUCAGGACCGUGCAGCCAACAUGUAUAGCAUCGGCAUUUCUGACCACAUACGAGCAUCUAGAUAUCCCACAGCACUACAUUUCAUAUAAGGACAUUCACAAUGUAUCAGCAAUCCCAUAUGCCAACCAGCGCGCAUAUCCCCCAUUGCGAUCGUCGCCAGAUAGUCAACCCGAAAGGGAUCGCCAGCUGGUUAAACAGCAAUGGAUAACAGAAUAUAGUCUGGCCAGCCAUAGAAUGAGUCAAGCAAACCUCCCAAAGAAAGGUG